AGUGACGUUUGUAGUGGCUUUUUUCAGCAUUUGCAAAGAAAACCUAUUUUCCGCAUUUUCUCGCAACUUCUUUCACCAUGGAGGAGUUGGGAAAGUUGGAGCAUCUCUCCCUGGUCUCGAAGAUCUGCACGGAAUUGGAUAAUCAUUUGGGAUUGAAUGAUAAGGACUUGGCAGAGUUCAUCAUUGACUUGGCCGAGAAAAAUCCCACAUUUCCUAGAUUCAAGGCAGUCCUGCUGGAGAAUGGGGCUGAAUUCAGCGACUCCUUCAUCUCCAAUCUCCUCCGCAUCAUUCAACUAAUGAAACCAGCCGCUGGAGGUUCGAAGGUGUCUGAGUUCGAGAAGGAGGAGAAAAACACGCUGUCUACAAAGUUUCCCGGACUGGCGAUACCCAACAAGGAUCAGAAGGAGAUGCUGAUGGAGGCGGAGGAGGAGAAGAAAGAGAAGAAAGUGAAGGAGAAGCAUAUGGAAGAGGUGGAUGACAUGUUUUCAGCUCUAGAAGCUGCUGCUCCUUCGAAGAGCAAGAAAGACGAGGACAGGAAGCGCCGAAGGAGUAGAUCGAGGUCUAAGGAGAGGCACAGGGAUGACAGGAGGAGUCGUAGGGACCGUUCGCGGUCGAGGCAUCGCGACAGGCGGAGUAGAAGCAGAGACAGGAGGAGUAGAAGUCGGUCAAGAGAUAGACACAGGAGGAGAAGUCGCUCGAGAGAUCGACGAAGGAACAGGAGUCAUUCUAGGGAAAGGAGAAAUCAUUCUCCACUGCCAGACGAUCCAGAGCCUGGGAAAAUCUACUCUGGACGAGUGGCGAAUAUUGUACAAUUCGGCGCGUUUGUGCAGAUCAUGGGACUGCGGAAGCGCUGGGAAGGACUUGUGCACAUCUCUCAAUUGCGUUCUGAGGGACGUGUGACCAAUGUGUCCGAUGUUGUCUCUCGAGGAUCCAAUGUGAAGGUGAAAGUGGUGUCUGUGACUGGACAGAAGGUGUCCUUGUCGAUGCGGGACGUGGAUCAGGACUCUGGCCGGGAUCUGAAUCCCUCGUCCCACGCUCACCUUCUUGCAGAGAACGAUCUGAGGAAUAGGAAUCCGGACAGACCAAUUGGGGGAACAUCGAUGCUGCAUUUGCAGGGGAAUCUAGACAACGACGAGCAAGAUGUGGCUAGGAAGAAAGUGACUAGGAUCUCGAGUCCUGAGCGGUGGGAGAUUAAGCAGAUGAUCUCAUCGGGAGUGAUUGAUCGAAGCGAGUUGCCAGACUUUGACGAGGAGACUGGCCUGCUGCCGAAGGAGGAGAAUGAUGAGGCAGACAUUGAGAUUGAGAUUGUUGAGGAAGAGCCUCCCUUCCUUGUGGGCCACGGACGAGCGUUGCACGAUCUAUCACCGGUGCGGAUAGUGAAGAACCCUGAUGGAUCGCUUGCCCAGGCGGCGAUGAUGCAGUCGGCACUGGCCAAAGAGCGACGCGAGCAGAAGAUGCUACAACGAGAAGCGGAGAUGGAUUCUAUUCCAGCGAGUCUGAACAAGAACUGGAUCGAUCCGUUGCCUGAUGAGGACAGCAGGGCACUGGCGGCGAAUGUUCGUGGCAUUGGGAUGACGUCCCAAGAGGUGCCGGAGUGGAAGAAGCACGUAAUUGGUGGGAAGAAAUCCUCUUUCGGCAAGAAGACCGACAUGAGUCUGAUAGAACAGCGCCAGAGUCUUCCCAUCUUCAAGUUGAGAGAAGACUUGAUCAAGGCCGUCAACGACAAUCAGAUACUCAUAGUGAUUGGUGAAACGGGCAGUGGCAAGACCACGCAAAUCACACAGUAUCUGUCCGAGAGUGGCUUCACAGCCCGCGGGAAGAUCGGCUGCACGCAGCCCAGGAGAGUGGCUGCCAUGUCCGUGGCGAAGCGAGUGGCUGAGGAGUUUGGGUGUCGCAUGGGCCAGGAAGUGGGAUACACAAUUCGUUUCGAAGACUGCACAAGUCCAGAGACCAUCAUCAAGUACAUGACGGAUGGUAUGCUGCUGAGAGAGUGUCUGAUGGACCUGGACUUGAAAUCCUACUCCGUCAUUAUGUUGGAUGAGGCUCACGAGAGGACAAUCCACACGGAUGUUCUCUUUGGACUGCUGAAGCAAGCCGUUCAGAAGCGUCCCGAAUUGAAGCUGAUCGUGACUUCAGCCACUUUGGAUGCUGUGAAGUUCUCUCAGUACUUCUUCGAAGCGCCAAUCUUCACAAUUCCCGGCAGAACAUUUGCCGUGGAAGUUCUGUACACGAAAGAACCUGAGACGGACUAUUUGGACGCGUCACUGAUAACAGUGAUGCAAAUCCACUUGAGAGAGCCUCCAGGAGACAUCCUUCUCUUCCUUACUGGCCAGGAGGAAAUCGACACUGCGUGUGAGAUUCUGUAUGAGAGGAUGAAGAGUCUGGGGCCAGAUGUGCCAGAGCUCAUUAUUCUGCCUGUUUACUCUGCCCUGCCGUCCGAGAUGCAAACGAGGAUCUUCGAGCCAGCGCCGGCGGGCAGUCGAAAGGUGGUCAUAGCCACUAACAUAGCUGAGACAUCGCUGACGAUAGAUGGGAUUUAUUAUGUAGUGGAUCCGGGCUUUGUGAAGCAGAAGGUGUACAAUUCCAAGACUGGCAUGGAUUCUCUUGUUGUGAUGCCGAUUUCCCAAGCUGCGGCGAAGCAGAGAGCAGGACGAGCUGGAAGAACUGGGCCGGGAAAGUGCUACAGAUUGUAUACAGAGAGAGCUUACAGAGAUGAAAUGCUGCCCACGCCAGUGCCUGAGAUUCAGAGAACUAAUCUCGCCACCACUGUUCUUCAGCUGAAGACGAUGGGCAUUAAUGAUCUCCUUCACUUUGACUUCAUGGACGCUCCGCCGGUGGAAUCACUCGUGAUGGCACUGGAACAACUUCACUCACUCUCAGCGCUUGACGAUGAGGGUCUUCUGACCAGAUUGGGACGUCGCAUGGCAGAGUUUCCGCUGGAGCCCAAUCUGUCUAAGAUGCUGAUCAUGAGUGUGGCGCUCAAUUGCUCAGACGAAGUGCUCACCAUCGUUUCCAUGUUGAGUGUGCAGAAUGUCUUCUAUCGGCCGAAAGACAAGCAAUCCCUGGCGGAUCAGAAGAAGGCCAAGUUCAACCAGGCCGAAGGUGAUCAUCUCACUUUGCUGGCCGUGUACAACAGCUGGAAGAACAACAAGUUCUCCAAUGCCUGGUGUUAUGAGAACUUUGUGCAAAUCCGUACACUGAAGCGCGCUCAGGAUGUGCGGAAGCAGUUGCUGGGCAUCAUGGACAGACAUAAGCUGGAUGUGGUAUCAGCGGGGAAGAAUACGGUGCGCGUGCAGAAGGCCAUCUGCUCGGGAUUCUUCAGGAAUGCCGCCAAGAAAGACCCUCAAGAGGGCUACAGAACUCUCGUGGACUCCCAAGUGGUCUACAUUCAUCCCUCCAGCGCGCUUUUCAACAGACAACCAGAAUGGGUGGUUUACCAUGAACUCGUCCAGACGACCAAGGAGUACAUGCGAGAGGUGACGACCAUCGAUCCCAAGUGGUUGGUGGAAUUCGCCUCGUCCUUCUUCCGCUUCUCAGAUCCCACGAAACUCAGCAAAUUCAAGAAGAAUCAGCGUCUGGAGCCGCUGUACAACAAAUACGAAGAGCCCAAUGCCUGGAGGAUCUCUCGUGUGCGUCGCAGGAGAAAUUGA